AUGGCAGAAUUCACCCAUGAAAGCAUGGAAGAUCAAGAGGAAGAGAGUUUGCAAGAGGAAGUAUUAGAUUUUGCACCAGCAGCACUCGAUGAUUCUCUGCCAGAAGUGGAAGAUCCUUUGCAGGAAAUAAACUUAAGGACAGAAGAAGAUCCAAGACCUACUUUCAUUAGCGCACUGUUGAAAGAACCACUUAAGAGUGAACUCAUUGCACUUUUGCACGAGUUCAGACAUUGUUUUGCUUGGCAUUACCAUGAGAUGCCUGGAUUGGACAGAAAACUAGUAGAACACAAGCUGCCUAUCAAAGAGGGUUACCUUCCAGUCAAAGAAGAAAUAGAAAGGUUGCUCAAGGCAGGAUUCAUCAUACUAGCCAUCUAUGCUGAUUGGCUAGCCAAUAUUGUACCGGUUCUCAAAAGAAAAACAAGGGCAGUUAGAAUCUGUGUGGAUUACAGAAAUCUUAAUGAUGAAUACCCCAUGCCAAUGGCAGACAUGCUAGUAGAUGGAGCUGCUCAUAACCAGAUGCUAUCUUUCAUGGAUGGCAAUGCAGGUUACAAUCAGAUUAUGGUGGCAGAAGAAGACAUCCACAAGACAGCUUUCAUGUGCCCAGGACAUAUAGGUGCUUUUGAAUAUGCUGUAAUGCCUUUUGAUGAUGUGGUGAUUAAAUCCCCAGAUGAGGGAAAUCAUGUAUCAAAUCUGAGAAAGGCAUUCCUAAGAAUGAGGCAACAUAAACUAAAAAUGAACCCCAAGAAGUGUGCUUUUGGGGUUCAAGCAAGAAAUUUCUUAGGAUUCUUGGUCCACCAGAGAGGCAUAGAGAUUGACAAGAACAAAGCAAAAUCCAUCAUAGAAGCCCUGCCACCUCAGAACAAGAAGGAACUACAGAGUCUCCUAGGAAAAAUUAAUUUUCUAAGGAGAUUCAUAUCCAAUUCUCACCAACAAGCUUUUGAGGAAAUCAAGCGUUACCUCUCAAAUCCACCAGUUCUGUCCCCACCAAAGAUAGGCAGACCACUCAAGCUCUAUGUGUCUGCAUCAGAAGUGUCCAUUGGGAGUCUGUUAGUCCAAGAUAACAAGGAAGGGAAGGAACAUGCAAUCUAUUAUCUGAGCAGAACUCUGACAGAAGUAGAGAGAAAAUAUUCUGCAAUUGAAAGACUUUACCUAGCCUUAUACUUCACUGCAAAAGCUGUCAAGGGACAAGCUGUAGCAGACUUCCUAGCAGACCAUCCAGGGGAAGAAAUUGAAAACAUGGACUCUUUGGAUAUAGCAAAUGCAGAUCUGUUGACAAGAGCUCAUACCUGCCUGAACAAUCCUAUCUAUUCAGUUCACCUCACACCUUGGAAGCUAUAUUUUGAUGGAUCAAAGACUGACAUGGCUUCUGGGGCAGGAAUUGUUUUGGAGGAACCACUCAAAAUCAGACACUGUUAUUCUUUCCAGUUAGACUUCCAGUGCACCAACAAUAUGGCAGAAUAUGAGGCUCUAAUCAUUGGCCUAGAAAUGCUGGUGGAAUUAGGAAUCCAGUCUGUGGAAAUUUUGGGAGAUUUUAUAGUUGUGCUAAAACAGAUUGCUGGAGAAUACAAAGAAGCUACUUGGGAGCAUAUCCCAAGAGAAGAAAACUUCGCAGCCAAUGAGCUGGCUCAGGUAGCAACAGGCAUACAAAUGCCUGAAGACUGUGUACAGAGGAUCAUCAAGGUAGAAAAGAAAAGUCUACCAUCUGUUCUGACCAGAGGGAUGGAGAUAGAUGUCAAUUCUACCAUAAUCACUGAAGAUGAUUGGAGAAAUCCUAUCAUAGCUUACUUACAAUAUCCAACUCUGCCCUCUAAAAAGAGAGUCAGAAUCAUGGCUAUGAACUACCUUAUGUAG